AUGGCCGAACUCACAACCACAAAACCCACCCUCGCGACUCGACUCCUCAACAUCCUCCACUCACUCAGUCGACCCUUCAUCAUGCUUCCGUUCAUCGGCCUCACGCUCGUUAUCUUGCUCUCAGCACUCUACGGCAAUGUCCACGCCAUUCGCAUCCCGGGUGCCGAUGAGAAUCACAAGUAUAUGGUCGCUGUCAGUCAUUUCCCUCUAACCAAUACUGCGGCGAAAGAUCCAUACAAACCAGAUGAGGAUCGCCGACUCAUGGUCAGCUUGUUCAUGCCUGUCUCCAAGAAGUCAUGCUCGAACGAAUGUCAGAACAGCUACAUGCCCCCGCAAACUGCGGCGAUUGCGAACGAGCAGUUCAUCGAAGGAGGACAGCGGGAUGCAGGCGUUUUCGAACAAAUGAUCUACAAUGUCGUCGUGGCAGUUCCAGCGAUAUCGAUGCGAGCAAGUUUCCAGUAG